CCUUCUCUCCUGUGUGGCCCUCAGGUGGCACUACGUGAUGGUGCAGCGGCAGGGGACAGGCGUGCCGUCAAGGAACUUGGAACAGGAGCUCAUGAAUGCUGCGCGCGCCCUCGUGAAGAGGGAGGAAAAUAAUCAAACUCGCCAGCGUCGUUCAGUUGACUCUCCCAUAAUGUACAUUGCGGCCAAGCUGCAGCAGGAGGAUGAUACGAGGCUACAAGUGACUUUGGGCGACAACAAGACCUCCGACGGCCGUUACUAUAACCAGCCUUUGGAGAAGGGCGCUGCCUACUGGACGCUGGUAGUGACAGAGAAGAGGAGCGGCUCCUGGACUGAGGGGUUGUGCAGUGUCCCCCUCAGGUUUGUGACAGCCCCCAACAACACAUUUGAGGGGCUGGGUCUGGCGGCUGGGAUGGCGGCGAUGCUGUUGGUGAUAGCAGCGCUGGCCAUUGUUUGCAUUAAGAAACGGCACCAACUGAGGGUGAAAAUGACCAGAGACCGCAUCGUAAAUGACUACCCACUCCCUACAUUACGCGGCGAUCCCUACUUCCUCCCUUUGGAGCACCACAACAAAGGGGAGGGAGACUCACCGACAUUGGGAUGGAACAACUCCUGCCCAUCCCAUGUCAGCCAAGACCCUGCCAAGGAAGACAUCUAUGCUAACGCAACGCUGCUAGUUUCCCAAAAAGACCUGGAGGCGUAUCUCCUGAGGGCCGUGUUGUCCGCAGAAACCAAAGAGGAGUUUGCCAAAGUUCCCAUCCUACUCUCAAGCAACACAUCAGCAAGCAGCCUGCCAGAAAACCGCACCAAGAACAGAUACCGGAUGAACGUGACCUAUGACGAGACGCGAGUGGUACUACCCCUGUAUGACAACAUUCCUCACAGUGACUAUAUCAACGCCAACUUCAUAGAGGGCCCAGGCCGCCGAGAUGCCUUCAUCGCCACUCAGGGUCCAAAGGAGGAAACGGUUGGGGCAUUCUGGCGAAUGGUGUGGCACACUCAGUGCCCUGCUAUAGUGAUGGUGGCUAACUUAACAGAGCGUGGCAAGGUGAAGGUGACACAAUACUGGCCUGAGCGUCAAACACUACUAGCUGAGGGCCUCACCGUCACCCCGGGCAGUGUCACAUCCACGAUGGACUUUGUGAUUCGGAUUUUCAUCCUGUCCGACGGGAGCACCCAAAGACAGGUGACACAUUACCAGUACAUUGCCUGGCCAGACCACGGUGUGCCCCAGAUGGCAUACGGCCUGGCUAACAUGCUGAAAAAGGUGCGCCUGAACCAUGACAACUGCCAUCCCAUCACGGUGCACUGCAGCGCGGGCAUCGGGCGCACUGGCACGGUGAUCUUGGUUCUGUACCUCCUGGAACAACUGAAGGCCGGGAGUGAAUUGAACACGAUGAUUGCUCUGUCUACCCUGAGGCGCGGCCGUGGCAGGCUGGUGGAGAACAUUGAUCAGUACAUCUUCGCCCAUCAGGUGCUUAACGAGGUACUGUUCGGUCUGGACACAGCCUUACCCUGCCACUCUUUCGACAAGAAAUUGUCGGCUAUCCGUUCCCCGCAGGCUCCCAACGGCAUCUCGCCUCUCCAGCAGCAAUUCAAGAAACUCAAGAGUCUCCCAAAAGACAUGUCCUUCAAGUAUGCCAAAGAUCCAGCAGUUGCCAGCCUUAACAGGAACAAGGACAUUCUGCCAGCUGACUGCCGCCUCCUGUUCGUGCCAUCGCUGACCUCUGGGCUGGAGUCUCGCUACCUAAAUGUUGUCAGGAUCAACGGUGCUGACAUGAAGGACGCCUACAUAGCAGGGGAGCAUCCCCAGACCCACACGCUGGCCAAGAUGUGGAGUCUCGUGCACGAGAAGGAGAUUGGUGCGUGGCUGAUGAUGCACGACUUCCCUGCCGGUGACAUGGAGUUCCCGCAAGUCGUGUGUGACUCGUCACUGCUGCAGAACAUGACACUGACAGCCUCGGAACCACGUAGCUUUGACCACUACAAGGAGCAGGAGGUGGACAUCAGUUUGUUCUCUCUGGGAAAAGUCAGAAAGCACAGAUGUGUUCUGCUGACACUCAAGGGGUGGGCCGCUAAUCACAGCCUGCCCGCCUCUCCCAGGCCUCUCAUCUCUCUCAUCGAACGAACCCUAGCCAUCCCAAGGUACAAGCAGAUUCUCAUGACAUGCAGGGAUGGUGUGACGGGCUGCGGCGUGGUUGCGGCGCUGCUGGUGGCCAUAGGACACACCAAACUGACACAGGAAGUGGACUUAUACCAGGCAGCAGCCAGUGUGAUGAACGACAGACCAGAGUUCAUUGUGAAUGAGGACCAGUACGAGUUCCUUCACCUUGCAAUGAACGCCUUCCUCAGCAACGAGAGACUCUAUGGCAACUUCAACUGAGGAUCACAGGCCUGGCCCCCAGCAACGCACA